AUGACAACAAUAGUAGUAUCAAAUUCAAUUGAUAAGGAUCAUAAUGAAGAAUCUUCUUCAAACGAUGAAGUAAAUUUACCUUCAGACGGAACAAUUCGUUCUAUUACUGAUCGUUUACCUAUGGGACCUAUUAUUGCUGCUAGUCGUCUUAUGUCUUGUUUAUCUAAACAACCACGCAAUAUAACAUCAAAACGUCACUAUACAGUAUCGACUAAUAGUAAUGGAAAAUCAUCAUUAUUAAAACCAAUAUCUAAACGAAUUUCAUCAUCUCAAAGUCCAUCAUUUCCACGAUCAACAUCUAAUUCAAAUUCAUUACAUGAAAAUUCAUCUCCAGCAAUGCGUAAUUCAACAACAACACCAUCAAAUUUAAAUAGUUUCUCUAAGACAGUAACAACAUCAAUAACACCAACUACACCAACACCUGAUACAAUUGGAUUUAAAUUUAAUUAUGAUCCAACAUAUACACAAUUACGUGAUUUAGCUGAUACAAAUUGUAGAUAUUUUUCUCAACAAAAAACAGAUGUUUGUAGAAGAUUUGAACGUUUAUUAAUACAACUUUUACAUUCAAUUGAUUUAUCCGUACCACUUAUUCAAUAUCUUAUAGAUAAUUUUCAUCAUUUUGACUAUAGUCCAGAAAUUAAAGCUAAUGGUUAUCGAUCAUUAGUUGUAGCACAUGGUCAAGCAUGUGAACGAACAUUAGAUAUACUUCGACAAGUUGAUACAAAACGUGUUGGUCUUUUAUUUAAUCUUAUGUAUUCAUCUCGAUUAUUUCAAGAUCUUGAAUCUUGGACAAAAGCACUUAUAGCAAUGCAACAUAUAAUAGCAUUAGCUGUUAAAAUGAUUGAUUAUUCAGAAAAGAAAGUAUUAUAUGUCGAUGCUGAUCAUGUACCACUUGAUAUUGAACUUGAUUAUUUUAAAAUGGUUGCAUUUGAUUCAGAAUAUUUCUUUGGUCGAACAUGUGGAUUUCAAUUUGCUCCAUCGAUGCAAACAAUGCUUACUUUUCUAUUAGCUGGUUUGGCUACUUAUCAUGAAACAUAUAAUCGACCAAUAACAUAUGCAGCUGCUAGUCUUGCAACAGCACCUAAAUAUAUUUUAUUUCCAGAACAACGAGCUAAAAAGUGUGCUGCUAUAUUUCGUGAUAGUGAUUAUUUAUUUUGUAAAUCAUUUUGGAAUAUUGUUGAUCAUGAUUAUGUUAAAAUGGGUUCACGCUAUAUUGUACCUAAUGUAACUGUAUCAAAAUAUUUUCAAAUUGGACCUGAACCAAUUGAAAUUAAUUCUAUUAUUAUUCCACCACCAACAGCAAGUGCUGGUAUUGAUGAACCAAAUGAACGUGCAGCUGGAAAUAUUGGAGCUGGUUCAGAUAGUUCAACAGGUUCUGGUAGUAAACAACCAAAACAACUUGUUAAUAUAAAACUUUUAUCAAAUGAAAUACGAGAAGGUAUGAAUGAAUUACCAUUAAAAAAAAGUGAUCUUGAAAUAUCAUCAACAACAAUUUCACCAAUGAGUGAUCAUCUUCUUUUACAUAUACAUGGUGGUGGAUUUAUUGCAACAUCAUCAACAACUCAUGAAGUUUAUUUAAAACCUUGGGCAUUAGGUCUUGAAAUACCAAUUGUAUCUAUUGAUUAUUCAUUAGCACCUGAAUAUCCAUUUCCACGUGCUAUUGAAGAAUGUUUCUAUGCAUAUGCAUGGGUUUUAAAAAAUGCAAAUAAACUUGGUUGGACUGGUAAAACACUUUUACUUGUUGGUGAUAGUGCCGGUGGUAAUUUAGUUACAAUUGUUACAAUGAAAGCAAUUGAAGCUGGAUUAAGAAAACCAGAUGCAAUUAUUUGUUUUUAUACACCAUUUCUUCUCGGUUAUAGUAUGUCACCAUCUCGAUUGAUGGCAAUUAUGGAUCCAUUAUUAAAUACUGGUUUUCUUUGGCGUUGUCUUGCUGCUUAUGCUGGUAUAAAAUCUGAUGAUGAACCUCCUCAUGAUGAAUUAGAAUCUGCUAUAAUUCCUAAUCAGAAUGAUAGUUUAUCUGAAAAACAACAUAAAAUUAACAAUAUUAUAUCAUCACCCGAUCAAAUUGUACCUCAAUCAGAUAAUUCUUUCAAAAAUGAACAAAUUUCAAAAAAUUUAGAAUAUAUUCGAGGAGAUACAUAUUAUUCUCAAUUAGGUGAUAUAAUGGGCUCACGUCAAGCUCGUUUACUUCGAAAACUACGUGAAUCAACCUUACCAAAUAAUCCAUAUAUGUCUCCAUUACGUGCAUCAGACGAUAUUCUACGACAAUUUCCAACAACAUAUCUUAUUGCAUGUCAUCAAGAUCCUUUAUUGGAUGAUUCAAUAACAUUUGCACGUCAUUUACGUUCAUUAUCAGUUGAACAUCAUGUAGUUAUUGUACAGAAUGUAACACAUGGUUUUCUAAGUUUUUAUAAUGCAAAUAAUAUUUGUAAAGAAACAACUAAUCGUAUUAUGAAUGAUUUUGCACGACGCUAUAAUAUCAAUGGAUCAUUAUUUCCAUCAUCCUCAUCAUCAUCAAAGAGAAAACAGCAUAGAAAAAACAUUUUAGCACCAUUAACAAAUCCAAUUUUUCCAAUGCCAAUAUCUACAGAUAUAAUCGAUGAAUAA